AUGUCCGCUCCUCAAACUCCCAGCGCUGGGAACAAUGACUACCCUGACCCUGCCCCCAACACCGGCCCCAACACUGGCACUAGCACUUCCACUGGCACUAGUACCGGUACUGACUCGACAUCCCAGGGCAGCUACGGAAGCUACUGGAGGGGAUAUAGCAUCAACCCGCCCCGACGUUGGUCACGAACCAAAAAACGGAUUUGUGACUGCCCAAACCACGUCCAGGAGGAUUGGCCUUUCGACUUUGCCGAGCUGAUAAUCGCUCCCUGCGCAUACAAGUGUCCCUUCUGCAAUGAUUUUAACAAGGCGCUAAAGACAAAACAUAUGGCUUCGAACCUCCGUCGCCACAUCACGAAGACGCACAUUGAGGGAAACCCUGACGUCUACAGUACUCUUGUUGUCGCCCCUGGGGGGAUGAAGUAA